AUGGAUAAGACUUCUAUUGAUCGAGAACUAUUACAUUCUACCCGUACUACAUCUUUAAUAAAUACAAGUGAUCUUACAGAUAUUAAUGAUGCUUCAUACGACAAAGAUAUGAAAUAUUCGCAAAAUGAAUCAUCCAAUCAAUUGUCUCAAUCUGCCGUAACUUCUAUUUUCACAUCAUGGCAAUUUAUCUUUAACGAACUUAUUGCACAAAAUCGUAGAUUGGAUGAAAAAAUAGAUCAACUAGAAAAAACAUGUCAUCAGAAUCCAAACAAUCAAAAUGAACGAUUAAACAUAGCAGAAAAACAAAUGAAAGACUUACACAUUGAAAAUAAUCAAUUAAAAAAUCAAUUCGAUAACCAUAUGAAGCAAUGUAAUACAUAUUCAAAUAAUAAUCAAGUUUCUGAAGAACACGACAAUCAAGCACGUCUUAAUAAACUAGAGGAAACUAAUAACCAUCUUAAUACAUGUAUCGUUCAAUUAAAUAUUCGAUUAAAUAACAAUGAAAUUCAAACAAGUAAAUUCGACAAAGAGAAUAAAGAACUAAAAGAAAAAAUGAAAUUAUUACAAGAACAGAGUCGACAACAGCUUGAAAACUCACAGGAAUUUAUUGAUCUAUGUCUUACACAGUUGAAUGAUCAAGCGAAAACAAUUGGAGAAUUGGAAAAAAGAAUGAAAAAACUUGAUAAACAAAUUGUUAAUGAUGUGUAUACAUCAGAAACAAAACAGAUAUUGAAAACAAUUUCUUGUGUUGCUGACUUUGUGGAUAAUGAUCCAAAUCACAAGCUUAAUAAUUCAACAAUAAUUAACAGUCAAACUGUAUACGAUGAUCGAGAGCCAUCCGAUGUUACAAUACAAAUAAAUCGUAACGAAAUAUCAAAUGAUGAAAGUUUUUAUAUGAGCAAUUCAAUGAUCAGCGAUGGACAAAAACAAGAGACUGUUAUUCCAGAUAAAAUUGAAAGAGUAUUGCAGACAAUUCAACAAUAUAAUGAUCGUUCAUUAAUGGAUUUAAGAAGACAAGAAUUAACAGAUCAAGAUAUGAAAAUUGUUGUUCAAAAUAUUCAGAUUAAUACUCAAUGCGAACGACUUUGGUUAGAUUAUAAUAAAAUUACAUCAAUUGGUCUUUCGAUUUUAGCUAAUGGAUUGAAUAAUAAUAAUAAUACAUUACAACAAUUAUCUCUUUCUAAUAAUAAUAUAUCUGAUGAUGGUAUUCAUUCUCUUGUUAAGUCACUUUCAACACAUAAUCAUAGUCUUAAGGAAUUACAUCUUGGACAUAAUAAAAUUACAGAUGAAGGAAUCAAAUAUCUUGCUGAAAUGCUUAAAACAAAUCAAACUUUAACUCAUCUUUAUCUUCAAAAAAAUGAUAUAACUGAUAAUGGUAUUCGAAUAUUAGCCGAUGUUAUCGAAAAAUACAACUCAACUAUAGAAAGUUUAUCUUUAUAUUCAAACAAAUUAUUAUCGGAUUUAAGUGUGCAUUUUCUUCUUCAAAUGAUUAGAAAUCAUCGAUCGUUAAAGAAAAUUUAUGUUUAUGAUUGUAAUCUAUCUCAAACAGGCAAAAAUAGACUUCUAAGCGCACAACAAUCAAAGCAAAAUUUUAAAGUCUAUGUGAACAGCUUGAAUGAUUGA